AUGGGGACUUUGACGAGAAACUCGAUUGAGUUAGUGAAGAUACUUAAGAAGCGGAAAAUCAAUAUCGCUUGUAUCCAGGAGUCUAAAUGGGUAGGAACCAAUGCUAAGGAUGUAGACGGGUUAAAGUUGUGGUUCUCAGGAAAAUCAAGGAGUAGAAAUGGCAUAGGAAUUUUAGUGGACAGAGACUUAAGGGACCAUGUGGUGGAGAUUAGGAGGGUGGACGACAGGGCGGGUUUGGAUGAUGAGGACAAGAGGCAUUUUUGGGAGGACUUGGACAAGGUUGUAAGAGGUAUCCCGCUGACCAAGAAAUUUUUGAUAGGAGGAUAUUUUAAUGGUCACAUAGGGUCCUCCUCAAACAGGUAUGAUGAUGUACAUGGCGGUUUCGGCUUUGGGGAUAGGAAUGAAGGAGGAGUCUCACUUUUAGAUUUUGCGAAUGCUUUUGAGUUGGUCAUCGCUAACUCAAGCUUUCAGAAGAGGGAGAAACACUUGAUGACUUUCCAUAGUGUGAUGGCUAACACUCAGAUAGAUUACUUGCUUCUCAGGAAGGGUGACAGAGGUUUGUGUAAGGACUACAAGGUUAUUCCGAGUGAGAAUCUUUCAAUCCAAUAUAAGCUUGUGGUUAUGGAUUUGAAGACCAGGAAGAAGAAGAAGAAAAGGGUUCAGUAUGACUAA